GCAGCUAUUUGACCGUCUCGCUUUGCCCUUUGACUACUUAUUCUGUUUUUUACUGGCUUUGUUUUUGGACAUACAUUUAUCUCAACCUAAAGCCCUUCGUUGUUGGCAAACCAGGAUUUUACUACUGUUUUAUUUCUGGCUGGAUCAACUCAUGCAUUCAUCGAAAGUCUGUUCUGCAUACUUUAGUCACGGAAGCGGACACACUGCUUAGCCAUUAUGUCCAUUGGGCUUGGUACUCCAACGGUGGCCUAUCUGCCUCCUGCAAAUACGUCUUUCGACACCACUCAUGAUACUGGUACUUCAGACGCGAUACCCCCUAUGCCUGGACUCGCUAGGCAGGACACAAACUCUUCUACCGGAAGUGCACUCAGGCCACCCAAUGGAAAUUGGGCAUUCGAAAUCAGUGGUGUCUGCCCAAGUUGCCAUCAUUACCACAAAUCGCUUCGGGUACAUGUCAGAAUUUCGAAUGAUUCUACCCAGGUUCGCGAUGUCUACUGCAAAAAGUGCAAACGCUUAUUGUUGUCUUCUGGAAACGCCAACGCCACGCGACUAUCCCUUCUGUCUACCAUGAGUCUAGAACCAGAUCCCAUUGAAACUGAGUUCCGAACGACUUUGAUUCAUAUGAUACGGGCUUCUACUCCAAUCGCGGUGCUCUCUCCUGUCCUCACAGUCAUUCCAGAAGUGAAAUCGGCCGGUCCAUCAAGGGAGACUUCAAUCCGUUCCAGGUCAGGCAGAAGUUCCCGAAUGCCUACAACAACCUUUGACGACAAUCCAUUGCAGAAAACAGUCCAUAGUAUCGGUGGAUACAAGCACAAUAAGAAUCCUUUAGCCGAGGGCCGGCACAUACUUUCCGACAUCAAGAAAAAAGUCAGAGCAAGAUUCUUCAAGUCGCGAAACAUCCCCUUUAACCUGGAUAAAUGGUUUUCGAGGAAAGAGAGCUCAAAGUACGAAGGCCAUCAUCAGGAUCUGGCAUGCGCACCGAUCAGCGCUUCUCCUCCAAUUGAAAUAGCGCCAUCCUCUCGUGAGGAACACGCGGAAUCACCCGAGGAUAUCGACACCAACUUUGAUUUGGCUGCACUUGAUAUAUUCACCUCGUCAACCACUGCUGCGGAUGCGCUGGCUUCAUUGAAAACCUUGGACCCUCAGGCUUUGCGGGCUUUGCCUCCCCAAAAGCGAAUUUCAUGGGGUCGUAAGCAACUCACUGAAUUCAAAACUCGUUUUUCUGGUGUCACGGCUCAUGUAGGACCUCCUGGCAUGAACGAUACUGAUGGUAUCACUGAGCCCGGAGAAUAUCUACAUUGGCUAGAUGGCCACUCCCCUCGGCGCCAUUCCAUCCUGGCAUUCAUGGGGGGCGGAUUUCCCUCCUAUGAGGAUAACGACUUUCGCAGGGCAAGUGAUCAUACGCUCAACGGUCGCCCGCUAAGCAUGAGUGAAACACACCUUUCGGAAGCCGAUACCCUUGUUGACGAUCAUCGCAGAUCACUGCCAGCCCGCCCUCUUUCCAUUGACAACGUUGUUCAUGACUGGUCACAAAUUCAGCGAAACAGAGCUGAGGCUCGGAGAUCCAUUGACUCGACCGCAACCGGAGGUGCUGUUCGAAGCAUUGCUGCCAGAAGCCAUGCUUACAAUCGCUUAUCCCGCAAUUCAUUGAACCAUGCAUCCUCUUUCUACGGUACGGAGCCAACUACUUCACGAGAUCAACUCCAAAUCGGUGAAGAAGCCGAGCGUGCUGGCGCUCGCGCUAGCACAUCACAGCGCCCACGAUCACUUUCCCCGUCGCCACCGAAAGUCGAAACUGAUACAAUGUCGCAACAUGAAUGAACUCGAAUGACAUGUCCCAAAUCUUUUCGUUUUUUAUUUCGGAACCUUUGGGACGAGCUUUACGUUGUCUUGGUUAUUUGUUGGAUUUUGCGAUUCCUGUUUGCUCUCAUUAACUAGACCCAUUAUAUACCAAACUGAGUUUCUUUCCUACUAUCUACGCUGCUGGACAGUCCCGUAUCAAGUAUUGGAAUAAGGUCAUUUCUAUGGUUACAUGAAUUACAUAUUUCCAUUAGGAAGCUUGUGGUUUACUAGUUUCCGUUGAUAAUGAUUUAGCUCUGUUUCUCUUUCGUAUAGUUUGCGGUGUAAGUAGGAACUUUUAACCUCUACACCAGUCAGGGGGUUCGCAUAACAAUGCAAUGGAUGAUAAUUAUCGAUCCC